GCAGACGAUGAGCACUACAUCCCUCGGGCCGUACUGCUGGACCUGGAGCCCCGAGUUAUCCACUCCAUCCUGAACUCCCCUUAUGCCAACCUCUACAACCCCGAAAACAUCUACCUGUCCGAGCACGGAGGGGGAGCUGGGAACAACUGGGCCAGCGGCUUCUCACAGGGAGAAAAAAUCCACGAAGAUAUUUUUGACAUAAUAGACAGAGAAGCUGAUGGCAGCGACAGUUUGGAAACCCGUUUCCUGUGUGUAGACAGACAAGGCUCCCUCGUGUUCGUGUCAGCCUGUCACACGGCAGCCGGGGAGGGGAAAACCCAGCUGGCCCCCGGGGGGGACGCUGGAGCUAUUCUGAAGUCUGUUCUGGGGUGGGAGGAAGCCAGGAGGUUCCUGCGCACUUUGUGGUAUCCCAAGAAGCUGGUGGAGACCUACUCGGUUUUCCCAAACCAGGAUGAGAUGAGCGAUGUUGUAGUGCAGCCGUACAACUCCCUGCUGACGCUGAAGAGGCUGACGCAAAACGCUGACUGCGUGGUGGUUCUGGACAACACGGCCUUGAAUCGGAUCGCGACAGACCGGCUGCACAUCCAGAACCCGUCGUUCUCUCAGAUCAACCAGCUGGUCUCGACCAUCAUGUCGGCCAGCACCACCACGCUGCGGUACCCCGGCUACAUGAACAACGACCUCAUCGGGCUGAUCGCCUCGCUGAUCCCCACGCCCCGCCUGCACUUCCUCAUGACGGGCUCCACGCCGCUCACCACCGACCAGCCG